GAAUUUCAAAAAUUAAUAUACCUAUUUUCCGGGCAUGAAAAUUGCACAUGAAGUUUUUACUUUCUUUACUUCCUUCUUUGAUUUCUCUCUCUAGAUAUCUCAUGGCUUCCAGCUUCGCUCCCGUUUCCAUAUUAGGUUGUUCUUAUCUCAAGGCUAAUGAUGUUUGGUUCACUAAGUCCAACAACUUCCGGAAAACACCCAGUUUGGCAGUUCGGAGGAAACUAAUUCCAUCAAACCGCCAGUUUUCAGUUUGUGCAGAGUAUUGUGAUGGCAGUAGGGGUGGAGCAAUUGAUUUUGCUGCUGGUUUUCUAUUAGGAGGUGCUAUAUUUGGAACAAUAGCAUAUGUUUUUGCUCCACAGAUUAGAAGAUCCCUGCUAAAUGAGGAUUAAUACGGAUUCUGGACGGCAAAACGACUAAUUUACUAUGAUGAAGGUUUAGAGCAAACCAGGCAGACCCUGAAUAAAAAAAUCAGUCAACUCAAUUCUGCCAUUGACAAUGUAUCCUCACGUUUGAGAGGUGGAAAUAAUUCACCCACAGUCCUGGCUGAGACUGAACCUGAAGUAGAAGCUACCAUGUGAGACGUGUUUGCUACCUGGUCAUAAUGGUCAGUUCCAAUAAUUUACGAUUGCACCUGUGCGUCUAUAAUGAAUUCUGAAUUUGCAUGGUGUUUGGAAGUUUUUAUAUGGGAUUGGGUUAUGCAGUUUUGAUAUUAUUUUAUUUUUUGUUGUCUUUCUAUUGUUGGGUGCCAAAACACUGAGUAUAAUACUCGAGCACCUAAAUUUCAUUUUUGAGAAUGCGAAUUAGAAUAGUGAAUCGUCUAUUUUUA